CUGGAGCUGCUGGGGGAGGGGGAUGGUGGUGGCAGGUGGGCGGCGGGGAUCCCUGAGGGCGCGCCUCUGUCACCAGGAGGGAAAGGCCGUGAUUGCUUUUAUGGAGCGGGCUGUGCUAGCAGUUCUUUCGCUCCCUGCCCUGGAGAUGUGUUUGUUCGUUGCUGCCGAAGCAAGAUGGUGGAGUACCCAGGAAACUGAAGUUUGUUGAAUAUCUACGAGGCAUUGAUAAGGGCAAUUAACGUUUAUUACGAAACACACACUUAUUUGAUUAUGGAAUGACUAAUGUUAAUUAGCAAACUAUGGUAGCCAUUCAGUGUUUGUACCUGCUGAGUCAGUUGCCCAGGGACCGAUGGAUUUGUGAGUUACUUGAACCAUGUCCAGUUGAACCGAUAGGAGCUUUAUAACAAUUUUACAAAGCUCGUUCUAAAAGUCCCUUUAGAGCUUAAUUUUCAAAGUAUAAAUGAUUCUUAUGAAUCAAAUUCUGGAAAAGGCCAAGAUACCUGGAUGACAUAGUAGCCACAAUAGAAAACUUCUUAGAUGCUACCCCUGGGUAGGUUCUCAUAAUUUUAAUUGUGGUGUAAAUGGAACAGCAGGUAUAAGGUUUGUAGUUUGCCAGUAUAUUUAUUACCAGCACUUUAGAGUCCCAUCAGGUUAGUGAGAUUUUCGUUACUUUUUGUCAGCAAAAUAAUUCCAUUAAAAAAUUUUGUUAUGAGAAAUGGACUCUCUAAUUAAGAUUAGUGCUUAAAUGAUAAAAAUCAUUUUUGCCAUGUUAGAAGAUACUUUUUCUGAAGAAGACAUUUGGGAAUACAAAUCCAAAAGAAGACUAAAACCAAUACAUCCAAAAAAUUGCUCUGAGAAUAUUCCAAAAUCUGUUGAAAAAGCAAUAGAUGGGAAAAAACGGUCAAAACGAAACAGAAAUAAAAGAAUUGUGGAAGCUGAAGAGAAGGCGAAGGACCCUGAAAUAUGUCUUAGAGAAACAGGUAGUCAGCCUUCUGUAGCUUCUAGUCAGAAUUCUAGUUGUGAAGAUGGUAUCCAGCAGUCCCAAGGCACUCCAGGAAAGCACUGUAGGACUCCCAGAAACAAAAAAGUAUCUCCAAAGAUACGUCCAGUUUAUGAUGGGUACUGUCCAAACUGCCAGAUGCCUUUUUCCUCAUUGCUAGGUCAAACACCUCGAUGGCAUGUUUUUGAGUGUUUGGAUUCUCCACCAGUCUCUGAAACAGAGUGUCCUGAUGGUCUUCUGUGUACCUCAACAAUUCCUUCUCAUUACAAGAGAUACACUCACCUCCUGCUUGCUCAAAGCAGGGCUAGUAAUAGUCCUGUUAGCAGUCCAUCACAUGGGUUAGUUGGUAGUUAUAGUGAGACUAAGUCAGGCCUUCUUUGUAACCUUGAGGAAAGAUGGUCUCUGUAUCAGAAACAAACUGAGAACUUAAAACAUGUUUCAACUGAUCCCUUGAUGAUGACACAGUGUCUGAGAAAAUCUCAGUCUCCAACUGAAAGCAAUAAAACAAUUUCCUUUUCAACAAAUAUCCAAACAUCCCAACAAGCUCCACAAUUUGUGCAAUGUGUAAAUAAUAACAAACUGGUAGGAAUUGGUUUGCCUCUUGCUGAAGAAUUAGGUAGCCAAAACAAUUCAGAACACAUAAAUUUGCCAUUGCCAAAGAAUGAUUUUAGCGACUGCGAUAUCUCCUAUUCUCCACUUCAAAGUGAUGACGAAACUUACGAUAUAAAUGGAAAGCUGGAUGAUUCACAACCUGAACUAUUUUUUACAGAAAACUCUAAAGAUGGCAGCCUAGAGGAAGAUGACAACAGCUGUAGUUUGUUUGAAAAAUUCCAUGGUCCCUUACUGAAGGACCAGGAGAAGAGCUGCCCCAAAGUGAAUAGCUUCUUAACUCAAGAUACAUACAAUGAGGAAUUGUAUAAUAACAAAACUCUAAAUGAUCCGUCUCAACUUAUUUUCCAAAAUGAGGGCAUUAUUUUGCAUCAUGAUCUAGCAAAUACCGAUGAUAAUUUUUUAUUGUUUCCACCUGCAUUAGCAGGGGAGCUUGCUUCUAGUUAUCAAGCCACUAAGGCAAAAGCUGAUGAGCCACAAUUUCACUUAUGUCUGUCAAAUAAACAGAAACAGGUAACUGAAGAAUCAGCUGUUUAUAAUCAAAUUUCUCUUCCAUUAAUUGAAAGUGAACUGUCAAAAUCUUUUGAAAGCCAGGGAGGAGGGUGUCAUUCUUUCCAUCCAACCCAAAGUAAAGUUAGAGAAUUAUCAAGUAAGAACUUCAGUGCUAAGAACAGUACCAGCUUAGUAUGUUCCUGCAGAAAGGCAUUAGAUGGUAUGCUAGGCAGUAAAGCUAUGGUUUUAAAUGCAGAAACAUUUUCUAGCACACCUACUGCUGCAAAGUCUUUGAAAAUGUUGCCAUCUAGUCCUAAGUGUAAUGUAACACAACCUUCUACCAAGGUAAUGAAGCAAAUGGAUAUAGGUGUGUAUUUUGGUCUACCACCCAAAAGAAAAGAAGAGAAAUCGAUGAGGGAAAGUGCAUUAGAAGGGAUGGACUUAAAUCCCGUCGUAAGUCCUAAGGAAAGGAGGUCCCGGCAGCGCAAGAGAAAAGCAGAAAAAUCUCUAAGUGAUUUAGAACUUGAUGCAAAGAGUUUACAUGAGAAUUGGCAAUCUGUGGAACUUCCUAGUAAAAGAUUACAGUGGCAAAGAAAGAGACGUAAAAAGUCAGAUUCACUACAGGAAGAAACACAGAAGACAGAUCACCUCAGUAACAGGACAGAAGCUGGAAGAGUCCGUUUAAGUAAAGAGAAAGUCUUCAUAAAAUCAGCUUCUGGCGGGCUGCACAGAGGCAACAUGAAAAUCCCAGAGUCAUCUAAUGCAGGAGAAUUGAGAAAAAGGACAUGUCCAUUCUAUAAGAAAAUACCUGGAACUAGCUUUACAGUUGAUGCCUUUCAGUAUGGGUUGGUUGAAGGUUGUACAGCCUAUUUUCUCACACAUUUUCAUUCUGAUCAUUAUGCUGGAUUGUCUAAAAACUUCACAUUUCCUGUUUAUUGUAGUGAGAUAACUGGCAAUUUGUUGAAGAGCAAACUUCAUGUGCAAGAACAAUAUAUCCAUUCAUUGCCAGUGGACACUGAAUGUGUAGUGAAUGGUGUCAAAGUUGUUUUGCUUGAUGCCAAUCACUGUCCAGGUGCCGUCAUGAUCCUUUUUUAUCUUCCUAAUGGUAAUGUCACAUUACACACGGGAGACUUCCGAGCAGAUCCCACCAUGGAACGUUCUCUUCUUGCUGGCCAGAAAGUCCACACGCUUUACCUAGAUACCACAUACUGUAGCCCAGAAUACUCCUUUCCGUCUCAGCAAGAGGUGAUCCAGUUUGCCGUCAACACUGCCUUUGAGGCUGUAACUCUAAACCCACGGACUCUUGUUGUCUGUGGCACUUAUUCUAUUGGAAAAGAGAAAGUCUUCCUAGCCAUUGCUGAUGUUUUAGGUUCUAAAGUGGGCAUGUCCAAAGAAAAAUAUAAAACAUUACAGUGCCUCAAUAUACCAGAAAUUAAUUCCCUCAUCACUACAGACAUGUGCAGUUCACUGGUUCACCUUCUUCCAAUGAUGAAAAUUAAUUUUAAGGGUUUACAGAGUCAUUUGAAGACGUGUGAUGGGAGAUAUGAUCAGAUUUUGGCUUUUCGACCUACAGGAUGGACACAUUCUAAUAAGUUAACGAGUAUAGCAGAUGUUAUUCCCCAGACCAAAGGAAACAUUGCAAUAUAUGGAAUUCCUUAUAGUGAACACAGCAGCUACCUAGAAAUGAAACGGUUUGUUCAGUGGCUGAAGCCCCAGAAAAUCAUACCUACCGUGAAUGUUGGCACCUGGAAAUCCAGGAGCACCAUGGAGAAAUAUUUUAAAGAAUGGAAACUGGAAGCUGAUUAUUGAUGUUACCUGGAAGGACUUAGGUGUAUAAUUUGUUAGUAGUUAAAUUUUUAAUGGUAUGAAAUAUACUUUAUGUGCAAAAACUCACGAAGGUCAUGCAUUUAGCUUAUUUUCUUAUUUACGUUUAAAUAAUGUGUUCAUGGUGCUGAGUGCCUCUCAGCAUCAUCAGUGAUAACUGAGACUGGUCUCCCUAGUAUCCUUGAUUCUUGCCCCUCCCCAUGGGGGCAAUUAUAUUCUGCAUCCAGCCUUAAGAGGAAAUAAAGGCAGGUUCGGGGACCAAAAAGAUUCACUAUAAUAGAUAACUAGAUUGAAAACUUAUAUAAGUAAUUAUGUAUCUUUGAAAUUAUUUAAUAUGGGGGAUAUUUUUAUGUGAUAAAACUUUCAUAUAAGUACACUUAAAUAAAAAAAUAAUCUUAAGUUUGCUAUGUAGUGUCUUGGUUUUUAGGAUUUAUAACGUGCUUUUCAUGCAAUUUUAUAAAUUUUGAUGAAAAUAAUUAUUCAUUUUACUCUGAAGAAGAUGACUCAGAGAGCCUAGAUAAUCACUCAAUAAAGGAUGGAGGAAAGUUUGCAUGAAUGAUGUUUAUCUGAACUCUUUACUCAAGAUACUGAAGAACUAAAAGUUUAGAUUGCUGUAUUUUUUUUAAAAAGUGAGAUUAUAUAAUUUAUUCAUGAAUCUCGAUCUCUCCAAUACAGAUUAAAUAGCUGAUCCAAAAAUGAAAAUUUUAGGCCAAUGCAUAUUAAAAAUUUCUUUAUAGAGUUUAAAUAAGAAAAUGGCUAGCAUAAUGAAUUUAUUCAUGUGUUUCUUGCAUUACCUCUAGCAAUGAAAUUAACUUGGAAUUUCUUAAUAAAUGUUUUUAUGGAAACUCAUUUUCAGUAAUGAUUACAGUCACCAGGAGGAUAUUAUUCUCCAUGAACUUUAUUUUCAUAAGCUUAUAUUUUGCUUUGUAUGGAGGUAAGGUCUGUAAGUAUCACAUGUAGGGGAGGAAAAGCUUUUAGGGGCACAGCGGUAAUAAAUCCAAUUAAACUAUG